UUUGCAGUCCAUGCAGGAUGAUUUGGUCAUUGCUACUAAUGAUGGGAUACUUCACCUUAUUCACUGGGAUGGCUUGACAAAUGGAAGGAAAGCCAUUAAUCUUUGUUCAGUCCCAUUUUCUGUAGACCUGCAGUCUUCAAGAGGUCCUUCAUUAGAUUUUGAAUCUGUACAUAUCCAAGAUAUGGAAUAUGGUGUGACCCUUGAUGGUUUUGCCGUGGUUUUUGAUGAUGGCCGGAUCGGUUUCAUUACUCCUGUGUCCAGUAAACUUACAGCUGAGAACCUGCAUGGUGUGUGGGCACAAGAAGUAACCGAUGGAACUUGUGUGGCUGUAAACAACAAGUACAAAUUAAUGGCCUUUGGGUGUGCAAAUGGUUCAGUUUUAGUUUACACAAUGGAUACAACUACAGGAGUUAUGCAGCUGUCCCACAAGUUGGAAUUAACUCCUAAACAUUACCCUGAUAUUUGGAACAAGACUGGGGCGGUGAAACUAAUCAGAUGGUCACCUGAUUGUAGUGUUGCUAUGGUAACAUGGGCUUGUGGAGGCUUAUCCUUGUGGAGUGUUUUUGGUGCUCAUCUAUUUUGCACACUGGGUGGAGAUUUUGCGCAUUAUUCUGAUGGCACCAAAAAGGAACCUAUGAAAAUCAGCUCUAUGAGUUGGGGUGCUGAAGGCUAUCACCUUUGGGCGAUUUCUGGUGAUAGUACUCAAGUGGGAAGUGACCUGGAAAACACAAACGUAGUACAACAAGCAGAAAUUCUGCAAUUCCAAUUCAUCAAAAGCGCUUUAACAGUUAAUCCCUGCAUGAAUAACCAGGAACAAGUACUUCUCCAAGGAGAAGAUCGACUGUAUUUGAACUGUGGUGACGCGUUGCAAAAUCAAAAUUCAAGUACCGCAGCAGCAAAUUCAGGCCAUCAGCCAGUCAGGGAAAAGAAUCCUCUGUAUAAUGAUAUUCUAGUUCCUCAGGGUUUAAGCACUUUAUUAGGACACAGGCACUGGCAUGUUGUACAGAUCCAUAGUACCUAUCUAGAAAGUAACUGGCCAAUAAAGUUUGCGGCAAUAGACCAGCUGGGUCAGUGUGUUGCAGUAGCAGGCAGAUAUGGAAUUGCACACUAUGCUUUGUUUACGAGGAAAUGGAAGCUUUUUGGAAAUAUUACCCAG